AUUGUCCCUUUUAUGUUUCUGUAUCCUUUGUGGGAACAACAGCAAAAGGAAUGGUGGAUCAACAGAAUAUGAAUGGGCAUUGAGGUUGCUUGCAUUGAGAUUCCAAAAUUGUAUUAAUUCAGUAAUUGCACUGCUUUGAGAAAUGAGAUUAUAAAUUAUUAACUACUAAUACGACCCAACCCGAUUUGCUGAUCGAGCCCGAUUUCUUUUUCGCAGGUAGGAUCAGACUCGGACUUAUAAUUUUGGACUGGGCCAGGCCCAUCUGGGCCUUCCAUAGCGAAGCCUUUUGCAAUUUGUCGUAGACCACCUGUUUGAUGUAAUGCUUCACCGGAAGAGCUUCUUAAGAAGGGAGCACUCCCCUGUUUGAUGCGCUUAAUUGUAUCGUAGUCGUUUCCACUGGGAAGUGGGAAAGGUGGGUGUAUGUCUGUCUCGAAGGAUGGGAUGGGGAGUAACGCGUCCCUGGUUUUCUCCAAACACCUUCGCGACCUCUCCGUCCUCCCCAACUCCACCUUCUUCGCCCACCUCCUCCAAUCCUGCAUCGACUCCGCCUCCCUCCGCAGCGCGAAGCGCGUCCACGCGCGCCUUCUCAAGACCCGCUUCUCCUCCGAGACCUUCAUCCUCAACCGCCUCAUCGAUGCCUACGCGAAAUGCGGGAGCUUGGACUACGCACGGAACCUGUUCGACGCAAUGCCUCAGAGAAACGCCUUCUCUUGGAACGCCUUAAUCGGCGCCUUCGCAAAGGUGGGUUUUGUCGACGAAGCCCGCAGGCUCUUUUGUUUGAUGCCCGAGCCUGAUCAGUGCUCGUGGAAUUCGAUGAUUUCGGGGUUCUCCCAGUGCGGCAUGUUUGGAGAGGCGCUGGCUUUCUUCGCAGAGAUGCAUGCCGAGGACUUCGUGCUCAAUGCUUAUUCGUUUUCGAGCGCGCUCAGUGCUUGCUCGGGGUUGGUGGACUCGAGAAUUGGUGCACAAAUUCAUGGCUUGAUAUCAAAGUUGCGUCUUGUUCGUGACGUAUAUAUGGGCAGCGCGCUCUUGGAUAUGUACUCAAAGUGCAAGAGACCGUCGGAUGCGCUAAGAGUGUUUGAAGAAAUGCCAGAGAGGAAUGUGGUCUCGUGGAACACUUUGAUCACUUGCUAUGAACAGAACGGUCCUGUGAACAAGGCAGUACUGUUGUUCGUGGCAAUGAUGAAAGAUGGGAUUAAGUACGAUGAGGUCACGCUCGCCAGUGUGGUCAGCGCCUGUGCAAGCUUGUCGGCUAUUCGAGAGGGCAUGCAAAUCCAUACCCGAGCUAUAAAGUUUGAUAAAUUCCGAAACGAUAUGAUAUUGAGCAAUGCUUUGGUGGACAUGUAUGCGAAAUGUAAGAGAAUUCGAGAGGCAAGAUCAAUUUUUGAUCGUAUGCCUUUUAAGAGUGUGGUCGCCGAGACAUCUAUGAUUAGCGGCUAUGCAAAGUCUUCCAGUGUAGAAGAUGCUCGAUUAAUGUUUUUAGGUAUGCCGGAACGGAAUAUCAUAGCUUGGAAUGCACUAAUAGCUGGUUAUACGCAAAAUGGUGAAGAUGAAGAAGCACUUGAUCUAUUUCUCCAUUUAAAGAGGGAAUCUGUUUGGCCGACCCAUUAUACCUAUGGCAACAUACUUAAUGCUUGCGCCAAUAUUUCAGAUCUUCAUCUAGGCAAGCAAACCCAUGCACACGUUUUGAAACAUGGUUUCCGAUUUGAGCCUGGCCCUGAGUCUGAUAUAUUCGUCGGGAAUUCACUUAUUGACAUGUACCUUAAAUGUGGAUCAAUUGAUGAGAGUGAAAAGGUCUUUGAAAGAAUGAUUGGCAGGGACAAAGUAACAUGGAAUGCCAUGAUUGUUGGUUGCGCACAAAAUGGGCGAGGAAAAGAAGCAUUGCAUAUAUUCGACAGAAUGCUAGCGUCAGGGGAGAACCCUGAUCAUGUGACAAUGAUCGGUGUUCUUUCUGGAUGCAGUCAUGCAGGCUUAGUCGAUCAGGGGCGUCAGUAUUUUUGGUCGAUGACUGAGCUACAUGGCAUAAUUCCUUCACAGGAUCAUUACACGUGCAUGGUCGAUCUUCUUGGCCGCGCUGGGCACCUAAAAGAAGUGGAGGAAUUGAUAAAGGAAAUGCAGAUAAAACCCGAUGUUGUUCUUUGGAAUUCUUUACUCGCUGCAUGUAGGCUGCAUGAUAAUGUGGAGUUGGGAGAAUGGGUGGCAGAGAAGCUAUUUGAGCUUGAUUCAGAGAAUUCAGGGCCUUAUGUUCUUCUGUCGAACAUGUACGCAAGGAUGGGGAGAUGGGCGGAUGUUGUGAGGUUGAGGAGGAGAAUGAAGGAGAGAGGGGUUGCGAAGCAGCCAGGGUGCAGUUGGAUUGAGAUUAGUAGGAAGGUGCAUGUGUUCUUGGUGAGAGAUAAAAGGCAUCCAUGUAGGAAAGACAUUUAUGGUAUAUUGAGAAUUCUUAAACUACAAAUGAAAAUGAUAGGAUUAGAUUCAGAGUUAUAUGAGGACAUAAACUAUUCAUUUGAUUGAACCUUACCACUGAAAAUUGGUAAUUAUUAUGAUGAUAAUGUGGUAUACAUAACAAAUGGUGAGAUUCUGUUUAGUUGGUGUAUUGAUGAAGCUUAGUUAGAUACCAAUAGGAGUGAAUGGCCAAGAAUCUGCCAUUAAGCGUGAUCACUGAUGGUGGCUGUCUAAAAGAAGGAAGACAAAGUGUACAGCAUGUAAGGGCAUUUCGAUCCGGUUUAGUAAGUUCUGGGCAUGAUUUGAGCCCAGCAAUGUGAAACUCAUAGCGACCGGUAUAGGUGAAAGAGAAAAGGCAUAAAAGAACUUCUGCUUCUAUGGUAUUUAACAGCAUACAGAUAACAUAUUCUUUGCCAGGAGCUAAUGACGGAUAUAAUCUUACAAGUAGGACCAUAAUUUGGAUGAAGCCUGCGAUGAAAUCUUUCACUGUUAACAUUCUAAUCAAUAGGUCGAGAAAGAGUAGACUGGCUACCAAAUGAAGUGGGAUUUUUGUUAACAAAAUGAGCUACUAAUCUGGAUUCUUUUGAAUACACAUGUGCUUACUCAAGCCACACUUUGUACUCAGGAUACAAAAGUAUUCACAUGCAAGGAGAAUGAGUAGCUGUUAUUCAUUCUUUCGCUCCAAUAAAAGCAGAUCCAGGAGAAGCUAAAAGAUAAAAGCAAGACGAUCUCAAAUGGAAUCCAUACGCAUAUACUCGGAACAUCCCCUGCUUUAACUGGGAUUUCUCCGGUAAUAUGCUCAAGUGAUGGUUUCCCGAAAGUACCCGGGUGUGUGAAGUGUUUCAUCUUUGCCUUUCUGGCUUUGCUUCUGCAACGAGAGCUCAAUAUUUAAAGACAAAAUUUUGAGAAAGUUGUUUAUGUAUAAGAUGCAAUGCAACAUAUUUUAUCAUGUAUUAUACUGUGAGAAUGGAUCAACUGUAUCCGUUGUAAUAAGUUGAAUAUGUACUUCUGAGCCUUCCGUGCUGUGGAAUGUAUUUAUGCUGCGUGAUGACUACAUUGUAAAUUUUAUGUCUUACUGUAAUAAGAUGAAAGAUGUAGCUUUGAGCCACUUAA